GGAUGAUUACUUGAGUACUUAUUAAGACACCAUACCCUCCACAUCGCCUCAGCAAUCAUGCUUCCCAGAGUCCUCGUCAGAGCUUCCGCCACCCGGGCCGUCGCCAGGCAGCCUGCUAUUGUUCCUCGCACCUUCGCCACCACCUCGGCGGCCCUGAAGCACAAAGAGAGUGCUGACCCCGAUUCCCCCGAGUACGACCCUGAGAAGCACAAGCAGGACUCGCUUGCCAAGCAGAAGUCCGGCAAGGGCCACUGGAAGCCCGAGCUCGCCUCGGAGAGCGAGGAGGCCGUCAAGGCCGACCGCAACGAGCACGAGGACAUCAGCAAGCUCCAGGAGCGCACAAAGGCCGCUGCCGAGGAGAACAAGAAGGCCGGCACCAGCAUGCGCGACGGCAUGUAAAGAAAAGGGGCCGCGCAAUCCACAUUCUUGAGCUGGGAGGAUACCGGGCCCAAGGAUGCAGCAUCAAGAAACCUUUGUUAUCUAAUUGAGCAGAUCGGUCACCCCUUUGGUAUGGUUCAUUUGUUCUUGUUGUCG